UAAUCGCAAUAACUCAGUAGACUAAUAUGAUGUGGCUUCGUGCUAAGUACUGUUUGGCUUUUAGAUUUCCCUCACCGCGGUAGACAAUGCAUACGAUGAUCUGCCUGAAGUAAAACCCGACGUAUUCUGGGAAGACACCGUUUCGCCAUUGUACUCGCAAGAGACAGCUGGAAGAUAUGUGAACUUCUAUGUGGGAAGCGCUAACAAGGCAGAACUUCCCGGAGAUGUGACAGAAAUCACCAUGGUGCCUCACCCAAUGAACGAGAAAUUUGAUCAGUACAUUAAAAAUCCCGCUCGCCGACGGAGAACUAGCAUCGUUUCCGUGGUGCCGCAACCCCAAACACCAAGAACAGAAAGAGCACGCUCUGGUAGUUCUUUGCUUCAUCCCUUCCAACGAAAGCCGGUCACCACUUUGGGAAUGGAAGAAGCAGCACGAGUAAACUCUAAGCCGCGCUCAUCUACGGAUAUCGGAGAUGGCAGACAGCGAAGUGCAUCAUAUCUCAAUCCCACAUUUCUCAUUGAAACAAGUGAGAUGGAAGCAGCCUCUCAAGCGACAACCAAUAGGCAUCUUCAUGUCGGUGAGUAA